CCCUGCCGGCUACCAUUGCCCGCUCCUAACCACAAGAGUGUGGUUGUGUUGCUGCCAGCCAAGCCGUUGCCACGUCAAGAACUAAAGCUGCCCACUCUCAGCUCUCUACCAGAGUUUCUAAUGACCAACCAUGGGGACGCCUCAGCAGCCCCCAGGAUCAUCUUCACAACAAACAACAACAGCGUUUGACGAGGAGGAGACAUGUUCACUCCGCCUUAUCAAGAUGACAGACAGAUCUGGCCAACCCGCUAUGCUGACGGUGUACAAACUAUCAGCUCAAAAGGCGGGGAAGCCCAAUUAUAUGAAGCUUUCCGAGUUCCUGAAGAACAAAAAACAGUUCACCGACGAACUAUUGGAGUAUAAGUUCGACACUAUCCAACGUGAGAAGAUUGAGGGUGACCCUGAUGGCAAAUCUUACGACAUUUCGCUACUUUUCCAGGCCAUCGCUUUGGUGCGUGGCAGUGUUUCUCUUGGAGCAAAACUAAAAUUCAUGGACCUGCACGAUGACCUUCAUGAAAAACUCCAAGCGGUAAAAAAUUUCAGGAAUAACUUGAUGCACUCACGACUAGGUGUGAGUAACAAUCAUUUUGUGGAAAAGACAGAGGAACUGAGAACAUUGCUGACAGAGCUUCUUGAGGCAGCAAAAGCUGUUUAUGAUAUUGACGACCGCGAUUUUGACCAAAUGGUUAGGAACAUGAAUGACCAACUCAACGACACCAGGGACAAACCACUGACGGAUGAUGACAUCACCAGAUACAGUGCUCCCCACAUCUUUACAUACCUGGAAAACCUUCUGCUUACCAGUGGUAAACCAGAGUUGUUAGAGAUGCUCAAGAGACGGAGACACCUCAGUCCUAUGUCGUUUAUUGAAGACAUAGAGUUUUCCCUUGAUGUUGACAAUGUGUUUACACACAUUCGUAUGAAGGAGAGUGGGCCUCUCACUUUGGACAGAGAUAUAAGAUAUGAACAAAUAUUAGAACUUGUCCACAACGUAGACGAAAGCUUCACCAAUGUUGCUAGAAUUAUUCUUAUUGAAGGGCCUGCCGGAGUUGGUAAGACGACAUUCUUGUUAAAGUUACUAAGUGAUUGGCAGGACGGCAAGAACACCAUAGUAGGUCUUACUGACUACCAGCUGCUCUUCUACACUGAAUGUAGAAAUCCUCACAUUAGUUCUCUUAAGCAGCUCCUCCAGUCACAGAUGCCAAACACCGCUAAGAAGUAUCGAGGUGAGGACAUGGUCAAAUAUGUCCAGGAGUUGAGGCUCCUCGUACUUGUGGAUGGUCUCGACGAAUUAAAUGAAGCUUCAAGAAAGUUGUUCAGCGAAAUACUGUCUAUGAAAGCUACGUGUAACGCUACUAUAGUCUGUACUACAAGGCCAGAGAUGGUGGACGAUUUCUGCAAGACUAUUCCAAAGCACAUGAAACCUGUCUUUUUAGAACUAGUUGGUAUUUCUGACAAUAGUCGCACAGAGUUCGCUGCCAAGUACCAUGACGAGCUGGUAAAAGUUAACAAGAGUACACAGAGUACACAAGAGCUGAAAGAGUACUUGCAAAGUGUACCAAGUAAUAUUCAAGAGCACCUAAGACUGCCCCUGAAUCUGAUAUUCUUUACUUUCAUAUGGGCCACAGAUCCAACUAUAGUGAACAAUAUGACAACGGCCACACAACUGUACAUUAAAAUACAAGAAAUGACAACAGAAAAAUUGAUUGAACGACUGAAAUGCAAUGCAGAUACUCAGCAUUUACCUGUGAAGGACCUGGAAAGAAAAACUCAAAUAUUCUUUCGAAAGUUAUGUCGAGAAUCACUUGUAAGCCUAAAAGAUGAUUCCAUAAUACUGACACAAGGGGUGACAGACAACCUUAAGCAGACAUCUGAUACUGUUGGCCUUCCGCUCGAGGAAGUUAUUGGCGCCUUCCUCAUCCAGACGAACACUUGGUCAACACUUGGAACCAGGUCUUACCUCAGUUUCCCUCACAAGGGAGUUCAGGAUUUCUACAGCGCCUUGUACAUAAGAGACACACUUCAGGGAAACAACGUAAACUUUGACGUAUGUAAAAUGGUACAUGAUGUUCAAGACUCCGUGAGUUCAUAUCAAAUUCCUUCCUCAUUAAGUCAAGACAUUAUGGAAGAGUUUAGCAAUAUUCUGUCAGAAAGAUUGACACUUAAAGGCACCUGUACCAUCAAGAAGGUCCUGGAAGAGAUACACAAGGAUGACCCGUCGUCACUGACUCUGAGGAAAUAUCAAAACGUCCUUAUUCAUCUAGCUGGUGUAUUGUGCACUGAGGGAAAAAUGGAAACGGAAGACACAGCCGAGGAACUGGUAGUCCUUCUUAAGGAUGCAGGUGUGAAAAGCGAGAGUCAGUGGCUGGAACUGAUAAAUGGCGUGAAGUGUAACGCUACCUUGUGUAAGUACAUCGCUGAACACAUAACAUCAUUGGUGACCGGUGACAUAAGGAUCAGAGAUAACAGUGUGUCAGCCUUCACCGCACUACUCCCUCAUGCUCGGCCAGACAACAUAAUCGUGAGGAUUAAAGGCAACCAAAACAACAUUCCCCACUUUGAUGACAUGAUGAAGAUGCUGGCUGCGUGUAACAACUGUGACAUACAUAUAUAUUUGGAUCAUAACUUCCGGCACCCUGAGACCUCCAGCCCCUCUCUUGACGCAGCACUCCAACUUGUCUUUAAACGGUGUCGGGUGAGACAGUUCAAGGGACAACUGAGUGGUGCUGCUGUUAAGAUGCUGCCAGACACGCUGCUGGGCCUCCACCUGGUGAUAACUGGCAAAGAUCCCGACCUGGCCCCAGCGCUGUCCUCUCUGUGGCGAUCUGUACGGCUUGGACUGCAUGUGCCCGCGGGGGUUACUCCAGCACUACUGCCUCGCCAGCUGCCAAACAUUAUAUGUGGUCUUGACUUGUUCCUCUCCGGGAUUGAUACUGAUCACAUAGACUGGGCAGCCCAGGUGGCUCAACAACUACAGCCAGAAAACAUGCAAUUGGGUUACCUGGUGUUACCUGGGAGUCACCUGAGUGACCAAGAUCUUCAGGUUUUGGCCAACCAGCUGAAGCGUCUUGACGUGCUGGUGGGUGACGGUGUUUAUGUAACGGGAGACAAACAUCAGGCCUUCGCUCUGUCUGGUUACACCGUCCAUAGAAUGAAGAAAGAAGACAUAUGGCGUUGGGGAGAGAGAAAGGGUGAAGCGGAUUUUGCCUUACGGAUACAGAGAGAGCAGGAAGCUGCCGAACAGAGACGGAGAGAGCAGGAAGCUGCCGAACAGAGACGGAGAGAGCAGGAAGCUGCCAAACAGAGACGGAGAGAGCAGGAAGCUGCCGAACAGAGACGGAGAGACAGAGACGAAGUAGUGCAAAUUGUAAGUUUACUCGGUUCACUCCUUCAGGACCCAGACGUAGUCAAUCGGGAAUAUGACUUAAUUGAGAACCAGUGCAGCAUCAGUUGAGGAGAAAGCUACACAGAUCUACUUUAUCUUGAUGAUGACGACGAGCAGCAGGUGACGAGAGUGAGGCUACACUUUACCUGUUGGUCAGGGGCGGCACGCCUCUGUACCCCCCUCCCCCCUCCCCCACCCCUUCUCCUCCCCCUCCUCCACCCCUUCUCCUGCCUCCCCUCCCCCCUUUGUUUUGGUUGUCUCUACACAAUCUUUUUGAAUACAAUAGAAAAUACUUAUGUUUCUAUCCAUAUUCUGAUUUGUUUCUUGUUUUUUGUUUAAGAAAUUUGUGAGUUUGGAUUAAUCUUUUGCCACAUUAGUUUUUCAAGAUAAAAUAAUAUAACCUUAUGAAAUACUUUGUCUUUCAUUGGGUUUAUUUUCAACACACUGCACAGCCGUAACUAUGAGUGAGCCCAUUCAUUAAAUUCAUGAACAAUUUCCUCUGUAAUGUUUAAUUAAAAUGAUAUGUAAAAAAAUGGUACGUAUCCUGAGUUACUCUUUCAUAAUAAUAUUCUUCACUCUAAUGAUAAAAACUACUGCAUCUUUAUGAUUAUAUUUCUUUAUUUACUCAUUUUUAUAUCGCUGCGCCAUGUGAGUCGAUGACGAUGAGUUAGAGGACCGAGAUCUUCAGCCCCUAAACCAACAACAGUCACAGAUAUUGACUGAGGCAACAGUAACUGAAUGCAGCUUAGAUCUGUGGCUUAACUAACUCAACACGGCUAGGGUAGCUACUUUUGUGUGGGGAUAUUUAAUAUUAGGGUGAUAAAAGGGGAGCAAAGGUGUGACUAUUGGGGAAGGCUGGAGGCCACAUUAAAAAAAAAGUAGUAGUAGUAGAAAUAAUAAUAGUAAUAGUAGUAGUAGUAGUAGUAGCAACAGUAAUAGUAAUAGUAGUAGUAGUAGUAGUAGUAGGAUUGUUUUUGUUUCCCCAAACAUACAAGACAGACAGUACAAAUAUUAAGAUAUAAACAUCUUUUAAGAGCCAUAUGUUAAUGCUCCUAGUUGCUGUAUAUAGCAGGUAGACAAUUUCAAGUAAUGUAUAUAGAUUAAAUUGAUCUGCUUGUGUUGUAAAGAUGUUCUCGUGUGUCUUAAAAAUGGUGUUAGUAUUAUUAACUUGAGGACAUUAAGGUAUUGAAGUUUGAGACAAAUAAUGAUGUAAAUAUUUGUAUACUGUUAUAUACUAUUAUAUUCUGACCACUGUUAUAUAUGUUAUAUUUUAAUAUAUUAUGUAAUUUUGAGCUUCAGUCUUCAAAAGGUUCUGUAUAUAAGAAAUCAAUCUGUUAACUCAUAACAAUUUAUUCACUUACAUUAAUGAAUUAUAAUAUUCACUAUGUAUAAUAUUAAAAGGAUGUGUUUGUCUGUCUGCUCCACCCGGGGUUAUUAUUUUUUCUAAAUAAACAAAAUUAUUUAUUCGAUUUUAAUGUUGUUGUUUUUUACUCAAAAGUGUAAAAAUUUCAGUAAGAUUUCCUCUUGUUUGCUGAGAACUGUUCCCAGUAAUAAAAUUAAAAAGUAAUUAAUGGAUAAAUAUCAUAAUGAAAUAAAUAAUUACUGAAUCAUC